AUGUCGAGUUCAAUAAAGGCAUUGGCGAAACCGAAGCAAUCUUUUGAAGAAGCUCUGCACCGUGGGCCCGAUCAGCGGGAUAUUACGACAAUGGAUAUCCUGGAAGAGCGCAUUCGACGGACAGAGCAAGUGCGCGAAAUUACCAUCGGAGGACAGAAGCAAAAGUGGAAUUAUAGAUCUGAGAUGGUGAACAAACAUGGGUUGGACAACGAUCAUCGCUAUAUUUGGAUGGUCUAUGCGGGGAUCAUCGUUUUUGGAUUUGGUGCCUUCGUUUGGGUGAAGUCGAAUGUCGUCAAGAAUCGCCAGAUCGAGAUGCAGGAACGCGAAAAGAUCCGUAGAAGUAUGAACUUGAUCGGCGAGGAUCGAAAGAAGAUUGGCGUGAUCGAAGAG